AUGGAGAAUGUUUUCACAGUUAACGAUGUUGUGUUAAAUAGAAGAGGUUCACAUAUACUAGGGAGAUUAAUAUUAUCAUCACAUCAUUUGGUCUUCAUCUUCACUCCCAACACUUCCAAACCUCAACCACCAAAAGAAAUAUGGAUAUGUUAUCCCAUAAUUGAACGGAUAUUAAAAGCUCGUGGAUCAACUUGGCUAACUAACAAUUCAUCAAUAGUCAACAAUAAUUCAAAUAGUUUAGAGUAUAAAAUUACUUCUGCUAUAUCAUCUUCAUCAGUCGGUCCAAGUCAUAGUCCUAAUCCACCAUUAAGUAAACCACCCCAGAUUGAGGGAUUUGAUAACUAUAGAGCAUCUCAUAUUAGACUACAAUGUAAAGAUUUCACGUAUUUUUCAUUUGAUUUUAGAAAUGAUUUAAUUUGUACUGAAGUUUUUAACAAGUUAAGUGCAUUAAUAAAUAAAAGUAAAACAGAUAAUGGAAUUAAAUCGUUAUAUGCAUAUUCAUACAUUCCAAACAAUAUGGAAAAAAUUUUGAGUAUAAAAGGUUGGGAUAUAUAUAACCCAGUCGAAGAAUACACCAGAUUAGGAUUAUUGUCAAGUAAUCAAAAAUAUUGGAGAAAAACAACAAUAAAUGAAGAUUAUAAAUUUUGCCCAUCUUAUCCACUGAUUAUGAUUGUGCCUGCUUCAAUCACGAACAAUGUUUUGAAACAUGCAGGAAAAUUUCGAUCUAAACAAAGAAUACCGGCAGUAGUAUACAAGCAUAAAUCAAGUGUAAAUGGAAAUGUUAUUGCAAGGUGUGCUCAACCUUUAGUUGGAUUGAACUUACAAAAUAGAUCUAUACAAGAUGAGAAAUUAAUUGUUGAAAUUUUUCAUAGUCAAGAAUUAGAAAGAAAUACAAAGCUAAGAGAAGGCGAGGAAAGUCAAGAUGGAGACACAGAAUAUCAAGCACAACAACCACAAAGGAAUCUUUUGGUGGAUUUGAGACCAAUAACAAAUGCAAUGGCUCAACAUGCAUUAGGAGCAGGGACUGAGAAUGUAGAUAAUUAUAGAAAUAAAAGACCAAAUAAAGAUGAAUCAAAUGAUGAUCUGUUCUCGAAAACAUCACGUCAAGUUGAUAAGAUAUUUUGUAAUAUAGAUAAUAUUCAUGUCGUUAGAGAUUCAUUAACCAAACUUACGACCAUUUUAAAUGAUUUAGAUAAAUAUGACUCAACCUUAUCAUCAUCAUAUACAUCACCUGCAUCUUUACAACAAGCAUUAACCAAGACCCAAUGGUUAAAUAGACUUUCUAUAAUUUUACAAUCGGUAGAUCGAAUCACCAAAUCAAUUCACUUAAAUAAUACCAACGUAAUCAUACAUUGUUCUGAUGGUUGGGAUAGAACGUCACAGGUUUCUGCAUUAGCUCAAUUAUGUUUAGAUCCAUUUUAUAGAACGACAAAGGGUUUCAUGAUAUUGAUAGAAAAAGAAUGGGCUAGUUUUGGUUUCAAAUUUAAAACUAGAGCUGAUCAUGGAGGUUGUAUUGGUUCAUUAAUUAGAAAAGAUACUACCAAACACCAUCGGCCACCUCCACAACAACAAAUUGAAGAAGAAACAAUUGAUUCAGCAAGUGAAAGUUUCCAAUUAGAAAAUAAAUUAAAUAAUGAACAUAUUAGUAUAGGAAAUGGAGCAGCAGCAAGUGUCACUUCAUUUUUACAAAAAGCAGCAAAAGCAGCAAGAGAUAUAAAAAACAGUGCUCAAAAUGGAUUAUCGAAUUACCCUGAAACAACAGACGAUGCAGGUGACUUCAACGACAAACCAUAUCAAGUUUCCAAUUCAAGUAGCAUAUAUGGUGGGAGCAACGAAAGAUCUCCAAUUUUCCAUCAAUUUUUAGAUUGUGUUUAUCAAAUAUAUCGACAAAAACCAAAUAAAUUUGAAUUUAAUACUAGAUUUUUAAAAAGAUUAUUUUAUCAUUAUUAUUCAUGUCAAUAUGGUUCAUUUUUAUGUGAUUCAGAAAGAGAAUCUUUAGAAUUUUAUAAAAUUUAUGAUUCAACAAUAUCUGUAUGGGAUUAUUUUAAUUCAAGACCAAAUGAAUUUAAAAAUCCAAAUUAUAAUCCAAAUUUAGAAGAAGAUGGAGAAGUUGUUUUUUUCAAUUGUUCUGAUAUGAGAUGGUGGUUUGAAUUAUAUGGUAGAUCAGAUGAAGAAAUGAAUGGAUUAUCAAAUUCUUUAGAUAAAAAAUUUGCACAAAUGACUUUUAAAAAUGGGAAAUCAUAG